GUUUUAUUAAAAUAUACAAUUAAAUUAAAUCAAACAGCUAUUGAUAUUGAAGACAUAUCAACGAUACAAGAUGAAGAAGAAGUGUUAGUAUUACCAUUUUCAGUAUUUAAAAUUAAAAAUAUAAUUGAAAAUCGUCCAAAUAUGAGUUCACCAAUGUUAAUUGAAAUUGAUUUAGAAGAGUGUGAAGAUGACGAACAAAUAAAUAAUAAAAAACAGGAAAUACCACUGCGUGGAAGUUUGGUGGAUAUUCAUCCAAAUGCCAAAUGGAACAACAAUGGACAAACGGUAGCAGGACAAAAUCCGUCACUCUCUAAGCCCCAAGGUUUAUAUGUGGGUGAUAAUCAAACUGUUUAUGUCGCUGAUUAUGGAAAUCAUCGUAUUGUGGCAUGGAAAUCUGCUGAAACAAAUGGACAAGUAGUGGUUGGUGAACAUGGACAAGGGAACGAUGCUCACCAAUUGGAUAAACCAACAGAUGUGAUUGUGGAUAAAGAGAGAGAUAGUCUCAUUAUUUGCGAUCGCGGGAAUAAAAGAGUAGUUCGAUGGCCUCGUCAAAAUGGAACAAGUGGAGAAACAAUUAUUUCGAAUAUCUCUUGUGUGGCUUUAACAAUGGACGAAAAUGGAUCUCUCUAUGCCACUGAUUGGGAUAAGGAUGAAGUAAGACGAUAUCGAAUGGGUGAAUCUCAAGGAACAGUAGUGGCAGGUGGAAAUGGACAAGGACAUAAUCUCAAUCAGCUGAGUUUGGCCUCUUACAUAUUCGUCGAUCGAGAACAUUCAGUGUUCGUCUCUGAUUUUUACAAUCACCGCGUAAUGAAAUGGAUAGAAGGUGCAAAAAUAGGUAGUGUUGUCGCUAGUGGUCAAGGACAAGAAAAUUAUCGGACACAAUUGCGUUAUCCUAAGGGAGUCCUAGUUGAUCAAUUGGGUACUGUUUAUGUGGCUGAUGAACAUAAUCAUCGAAUUAUCCGUUGGGCUAAAAAAGCAAAAGAAGGAGAUGUUAUUGUUGGUGGAGAUGGUUAUGGAGCACAAGCUAAUCAACUCUAUUUACCCAAGGGAUUGUCAUUUGAUCGACAUGGUAAUCUCUAUGUGGUCGAUCAGGGAAACAAUAGAGUACAACGAUUUACAAUUGAAAUGCCAUCGAAUUAA